CAGUUGUUCGCGGCCAUUUCAAAGCUUGAUCAAAGAGACUCACUGGCUAUUUUUUUUGUCAUCAUAGCCGGGGACAUAGCUCUCGAAAUCCUCUUCGAAUGAAUGAAAUUUCGCGUAGCCGGAUUUGCCAAAUAAAAUUGACAAUUUGAUUGAUCGACGAUGAUCUAAAACCUGAGAAGUUAAAAUGGAUGGUGCAAAAUUGCUGAAAUCUUUGAAAGAUGGCCCCAAUGACACCCUUGUUUCAGAUGUCAAGAUAUAUCUGGAUCCACUACACAAGCUGCACAAGAACAAGUGUAAGACCAGUGAUGACCUGACAAAGAAACGUGGAGGAUUUGCUAUGAAGAUACUUCGUGGUUGUGUCGAGUCAAUUACAUCCCUGUCGCUUGGUUCACAACACCUGUCUUCUGUCUUGAAUGUGGCACGUGCCUGCUAUGAGGGGAUCUGUGCUGCUAGAUCACACAUGGAGAUAAUACCACUUUCCUUGGAAAAAGUCCUGUUCCACAUUGUGCUACAGCUGGUCAACAAGACAUUGCUAAUGGAUGCUCUGUCUUUUGCAGAGUAUCUUUACAGCGAGCUCAUUACUUCUCGUCCACUAUUUGAGACUGUUGAUGGCAUGGAUAAUGAGUAUGACACUAUUGCUAAACAGGCUUUCAACCAGCUUUGGAAGGCAUGUGCUCAGAUUGAGAAGUCAACAAAGAAUUGCUCUAGGCACAUUUUGGUGUUGAAUGCACGACGCCAAGCACUUGCUUUCGUGAUGCUGACUGAUCAAGACUCUGCAUGGAUUGCAAAUGCUGCUUUGAGAGCUGGAGUAGAGAUGGAGCGAUAUUCCAGCAAAGAUACAUCAAGCUCAGAACACCUAUGUCACUUUUUUACUGAAAUUGCCAAUGGACUCUUAACACCUUUAGAGAGAAAAUUGAAAUCUCAACAGUUAAAAGAUGUGGCAAAGGCACUUGGUCCUGUACUUGAUGUUUGUUUGCAGCAAUCAAAGUAUUGUACUCGCUCAGACAAAUCUGAAUCUGUUCUUCAAAUACUGAUGAGAAUUCAAGCCUGUACAGAAUGUAAAAAGCAGCAGUCACUUACAAUAGCUUCUGCGAGAGUGGUAUGUGCAAUCUGUGAUGUGAUGAGGAUAUCCCUUUCCCUUGCGAAACUGAAUACUGGAAAUAAAGACAAAUCAAAAUGUAUGAAAUCAAAGGAAUCGAAAAUUGGAAGUGGGGAUGUGUGGGAAGAGUUGAAGCAUUCCAGUGAUGUCAUCGCCAAGAGCAUUGAAACUUCUGAUGUGGCAUCACCCCUCUACCAACCUCUCGUUGAUUCAUUUGCUUUCUUAAGGAAGCAAGUAGAAGUUGUGAUCAACAAAGAAAAGAGUCACCCUCCAUCUGACUUGCAUAGCUCUGCUUACCAGGCACUUUCUGUCAGUCUAGAGAUCUUAGAAAUCUACAAAGGGUACAUCCUAUCUUCCGCCCAGAGUCCAACAGAUGUUUACAGGGGAUUGUCUGUAUCCGCUUUUACCACCCGGCUGGUCAACAAGCAGUUGAGCACCUUAAACUUCAUGGCUACCCUUACCAUCCAAGAACUCAAUAACCUUUCAUCAGGAACUCAAGGCGAAAUUGUUAAGCAACAGUUUGGAAGCAGAGCAAUUACUAUAUGCAAGAGAACCAAAGCAGUUAUGGAGGAUGUCUCUAAAGGUGAAGGUGGAGUCAUAUCUGUGAAUGAGUACCGUUGCCUUGGUAGCAAUGCAUACAAUCUGGGAUUUUUAUGCUACAAGCAAGCAUGGUAUGGGUUUGCAAGUAGCCUUGUCAGACUUUCAUGUGAGCAGCUUCAGCGCUGGUGUAGUACUGAACUAGGACCUGAUGAACAUAAAGUUCAAGAGAUCCAACUUGCAAGAAAAUAUGAGUUACUCGUAGACUGUCAGCGGAGAGCUGGACUUCACCGUGAUGCCAUGACAACUGCUGCUCUCAGCUUAUUGGUUAUUCCUGGUCUUAAGUUUGAUGAUGUUAGAAGCAGGGCAGAGCAAUGGGUCAAGGCAAAGAGGGAUGCAUUGAAGAUUAAUGAUGAUCCAGAUCUUAGAAACAGAACACUUCUUGAUGCUUGUGAAGAAAUGGAGGAAGAACUUGCCCCAGAACAGUUAUCAGUAGUUUCUGUUGCUCUUCAUGAAGAGUUUAACGUCUACAGAGCUCAGAGACAUGAUACCUCUGUUGAGCAAUAUGCAGCAAUUCAGGAUCUCAUCAGGAUGUAUUCUAGUGAAGGUCAUGAGACGGAAAAAGCUUCUGUUCUUAUACAGCUUACACAAUUGCUCUAUUCAUCUGGUCUGGAAAGUGAAAGUUCCCCAAGGGACAUCUGUAUCCAGGCAAUUGAUCUGCUGGAAGGAAUCAAACAGAUGAACCUUGGUGUACACUCAGACCUCAUGGCUCAAGCUAAAUUCUGGCUUUACCUCUGCCAACUGGAGAGUACAAUACAGAAUUCCAAUAACAGCUGCUCAUCACCCAAUGAGGUUGAAAUGGACUCCAGCCAGGAAUCAUCCAUAGACACAUCCAAGGAUGAAGAGACACCACCACCUUGUACCCUGAUACAGGAAUCAUCUCAGAUGGCUCCCUUAAUCAGCUCCCUGGAGAUCGGGACAGCUUGCUUCAGGUGGAGCCAUUUGAUUCAAGCUGUUUCCAGGAUCCACAAUCCACCAUGCAAUGUUUACAGCUGGCUGCAGACAUCAUGGCUGCAUCUAGCAAGAUCGGAAUCUGCACCUGAUCUUGGCCUAACAUGCAUUCUCGGUCUGCCUUUGGUCCUGGUCCUGGACUGGACUCUGAGAUCUAGAUCUAGGCCUUACCUCGAACUAGAUCUAGGCCACUUGAAGAUUGGACAGAAGAUGUACGCUGAGCUCCUGUCUCCAUUCAUUACCUUCAAGGUUAACAAGGCUGAAAAAUCUGCAGACAAUCCAGGCAGGAAGAUGAGAGGAGAUAAACAGGAGAUGAUACAGGAAGGUGAAGGGGAUAGUAGGAGGAGAGUGGAGAUGUAA